AAGUCAAAAGAUAUGAAGAAAUUGUUCCCCAAUCGGAUAUUGUUUAGUUUUACCAUCUCUAUUGUCUGUUUUUUCUCCACCAUGUUCGCCGAUUCCGCUGAAGACUCGCUACUCGGAUCAGCUCGCGUGGUUUUUCAGGAAAUAUUCGGCUUGUCCCUUGGACCGCCAGGGGCUCUACCCCUUGAAACCCUACCACGGGCGCUGUUGCCGGACCACUGUGUUCCCAAGUCCAUUUAAGUCAUUUGAGUGUGCACCUCCAUUGUCGAAAUAUAACUAAAAGGUACAUGACUUGUCUCAAAUAGAAUCCUGACAACACUAAAACAACACUAAAAUAUGGAUGACACUAAAAUCAUCAACAUUAUGAAGAUGUAGAAAAAGAGAAAGAUGAAGUGAAAUCGUCUAAUGUAAUCAAGAAAGAAAAAAUUGAGGUUACUUCAGUAAUUGGUUUUACUACACCUAGAACAAUGAUGUUAGAGGGCUUUAUGGGAUCAUCAAAGGUUGUAGUAUUGAUAGAUUGUGGGGCAUCUCACAAUUUUAUCUCAAAUGCAUUGGUUUGUAAAGCUAAUUUGAAUUUGAGUCCAAACGAAAGGUGUAGUGUGUCUAUGGGAGUAGGCGAAGAAGUAGGAGCUCGAGGAAUUUGUAAAAAGUCAAAGUAUGGAUGCAGUGGAUUAAAAUAAUAGAGGAUUUUCUACCUUACUCUUAACAAAUUCCGUUAUAAUCCUUGAUAUACAAUGGCUGACCUAAUUAGGUCCAAUGGAGGUGAAUUGGCAAACUCAAACAAUGAGUUUGAAUGACAAGGGGAACAAGUCAAAUGGCAAGGAAAUAUGUCUUUGAGGCGUUCUUUAGUAUCUCUCAAAGCUAUAUCAAGACAAUAAAACAAGAAAAACAAGGUGUGCGAUCGAAUUGGAUUGUUUAGAAGAGAUGAAGACCCAUUAACAUACCCACUUAUGCAAAGGACAUUUAUGAAAUACUAAAGACCUUUGAAGGAGUUCUCAAGAACCCAGAGGGAUUAUAAUAUAAACCAAAUUGGAACUUCUUAUUGAAAACAAAACAUGGGAUAGGGUUCAUGACUUUCUAGACACAUGGUAUCCCCUUAACCCAAAAAAGGCGUAUAAUUUCUAGACGCCCAUCUAACCCACCUUCCCCUUAUUUUUUCUUAUCUAGACUUGAACUAGCAAAUUAUUGUGAAUUAAGCAACUACUUAAGAUAUGGUAAUAGUAAUUAAAUAAGGUAAUGAUAUUACUUUCCCUUUAACUACUAAAAAUUAACAAAAUAGCCCAUGUACUUUCUUUCCUUUGCGUCAUUAGAAAGCCUACCCUUAUCUCCAACCUUCCUGUUGACUUGGGUGUCUCAUGAAAGAACGUAUAGAACCAGUUAACAUUCGACCAUAUAGAUAUCCACCGUUCCAAAAGGAUGAGAUAUAAAAGUUGGUUAAAGAGAUGCUAGAAGCCUACAUAAUAAAACAAAGGGGUCGUUUAAUAGUUGCUGACUAAGUUAGAGCUUGUUUGAUACCAUGUAGACUAGUCCGAAUUUCGGACUCGGUCCGAAACCGAGUGUUUGUUUUGCAUGUUGUCAUUGGACUCGGUCCAAAAUUUGGAUUCGUUCCUCACAAAUGCUUCAGUCGGAUAGAUCCGAUCCGACUGGAAAAAGGGUGGGAUUCAGUCCUCAAAUUUGUGUCUAUUUUGCCCUAUUAGAAGAAACACAAGAAGAAGAACAACGCAACUCCUUUUGUCGUUUCUUCCUAAUCGUUGUCUUCUUCCUCAGGUAUGUUCCCUUGCUCCCAUUUCUUUCACUCCCAAGUAUUGUUGUGUACAUGUUCUCAAAUAUCAUCAAUUCAAAAUUGUAAAACCCAAAAUCCAUUGCUGUGUAAAACCCAAAAUCCAUUGCUGUGUAAAACUUGAAAUCCACUGCUGUGUGAAACUCAAAUCUUGUUUUGAUGAAAUCAGCCUUUAAAUUUGUGUUAUGCUUAUGAAAUCAAACCUUAUGUGUAUGUUAAUAAAAUAGAAUAUUGCUUCAACAAAUUGAUUGCUUUUAUCAUUCUUAUGUCUAUGAAACCAACCCUUAUGUGUGAUGUGUGUAUGUGUAUAAAAUCAGCCCUUAUGUGUAUAUAUGUGUAUGGUUAUGAAAUCAGCCCUUAUUUUGUUUAUGUGUGUUAUAGAUUUUAUGUUUAGACAUGACAAAAAAGAGAAGUAAAGCUAGUUGGUUUUCAAAUGUUGUGAAUAAAUGUUUUCUAAAAGCAUGUAUACAAGAAAUAACAACUAACAGUUGGGUGGGUAGUUGCUGAAAAACUGAAAAUCGAACAUGAAUUUGUAGUUGAAAAAAAAAUGAAACAUAUCGUUAUGACUACUUGAAAAACAAGUAUGCAGUUUGGUUGAAGUUCAAUAACACAACUGAGAAUCCUUAUAACCCUAAAACAAAUACGUUUCACAUGAUAAAGGAAGAAUGGCAAAAGGAGGCGAAAAUAGUCUUUUAUUUUAAAACACAUGAUAAUUUUGUUAAUAAUUUUUUCAAACAAUGAACAAGAUGGUUGACAAAUUAAAGAAGUGUGUCUCUCCCUUUCCCAGAUCUAUGCACCCAAUUAUUUGACGGGGCUACCUUGACCGGUUGUGACAGUUGAGGACCAUCUUCGACACUCCCUCAUCAUACCGAAAUGUUUACUACAUAUGAUUUUGAGAAUAUUGAGAUAGAAGAUCCAACACUUCAUAUAGAUAUCCUAACCUUAGCCUCAACAGUAUCCCUACCUACAAGUGUCUCACUUGCAAGUGAAGAAUCCUCUGGUGGUCAAAAAACAAGAGAGGAAAACGAAAUGCAGCCAAAGAUACACUAGAUGAUGGCUUAAGAGAAGUUGGCAAGAAAAUUUAAACAUAAAAAUUCAACUAGUACCACAAGAGUAUAAGGAAAACUAAAAAUUCACCUUCUUUAUCCAUAAGUGACCUAUUAAAUGUUAAAUAGAAAUUACACAUUACAAUCCUAAACAUAAAAAUCUAUAACAUGAACCUUAACAUAAAUCCAUAACAUAUAACAAUAGUAAACAUCAUACAUGACAAUCUUAAACAUAAAAAUCCAUAACAUGAACCAUAACAUAAAUCCAAAAAGAUUCUAACCCAUACUAAAAUCAACCAAGUAAUCCAAACUUCUUUGCUGUGUGCCACGACUUACAAGUCGAUGGCUUGAAGCGUAACCAAAAUUUCCGAUUACCAACAUUUUAAGUGAAUAACAUAAGAGCAGUAGUGUAUUUCGGAUCAAAUUCUCCCUAUUCCAAGCCUUAUAACUUCUUCAUACAUUCGUCCAUCUCUUUGUCAAGAUUAUUUGCUUGUACGAAUGACAAUUUCCUUUCUAACUUCUCUUAAGUCAUCAUAUAGUGUCCUUGGGUGCAUUUUGUUUUCCUCCUUUGUUUUUUGACCGAUCAGAGGAUUCUUCACUUGCAGGUGAGACUUGUAAGUGGGGAUACCGUUGAGGUUGAGGCUGAGACAUCCAUCUAAGGUGUUGUGUCUUCAUUCUCACUAUCCUCAAAAUCAUGUGUAGUAAACACUUCGGUGGGAUGAGAGAGUGUCGGAGAUGGUCCCCAACUAUCGUAACCGGUCGAGGUCGCCCCGUCAAAUAAUUAGGUGCAUAUAUUUGGGAAAGGGAGGGGCAUAUGAUAAGCCCCCACAUUUCGGUUAUCUUUUUGGCCAGGGGUAGAAUGGUCUUUUAUGGUAUUAUGGUUGCUAUUGGCUGUUUUGUUAGUGGGAAGAGCACCUGAGUAUGUUGGCUGUGAUUCCCUUUUGUCUUGUCUCUAGUAAUAGUAUAUAUAGUCCUUUGUUUUAGAGAGUCAGUAGCUAAGAAUUAAUUUGUAUAGAACUUUGUUCUUUUGGAGAGCCCCUUUCCUCUCGAAUGACUGAGAAUUAUCUUAAUAUUAUCAAGUAAUUUUGUUAGUAUGUCGGGAGUAUACGAUAGAUUCAACAGGGGUCUAUCAAAUGGUAUCAGAGUAGUUGAUGCUGGGGAAAGAAUGAUAGCAAAUGAACAACAACAACAACAACAAUCUUUGUGGAUUCAACAACAAGCAAAGGACCAGGAAGAGCUGAGGAUUAUCCGAACAAAGUUGCUAGAGAUGGUGAAGAUAAUGGAGAUGCAUCGGCAGAACCAGAUCAAGAGAGAGGAAGAGACAGAAGCUGAGAUAGCAAACAUGAAAAAGGCCAAGUGGAGACAGAUUUAUUACUCAACCUUGAAGGAGAAGAAAGCGGUCAAUGAGGAGGAAGAAGAAUCCUUGGAAGAGUCUGAGCCGGAAUUGGAGCCCAACACGACACCACAACUUCCAUUGUCUCUGCUGACGACUCCACCAACACCAUUGCCGUCAUUUCCAUCACCACCUCUGUUGGAACAGGAAUUAUUGAAGGAAGGAACGAUGGGAUUCAUUUUGAACCCGAAAGAAUUGCACAAGAAGCGGAACAUGCCGCCGCUGGCGUCUCCACCGUCAACACCACCAAGACCACAACCGUCGUCUCCACAAUCUCUAGGGUCCAAGUACAGCAGCGGGGCAGCGAUUUUGAAUACAAGAGGCGUAAAUCGAUAUGAUAGAAAGAUGGAGGUGCACAUGUUCGAUAGCUACAGACCACCGCCGCCGACGCCACCACCACCACUGUCGGGAAUUCAAUCAAUGAGGAAAGGAACGAUUGAUUCAAUGCCGGACCAGGCGGGAAUGAACCUGUUGUUGCGAUGGGUGUUUUCACAAGACGGAAUGCGAACGGAAUGCCAACUGCGUUACUGGGAGAUAACAGUUCCGUUGAAAUUAGGUCAUUACCGAUAUGGGCUGAAAAAAAAUAUAUGGGCUGAAAUUAGAAUGUUGAGAAUGGGGCUUCACAAAUUAGGUCAUACGACGGCCUCAACUAUGAAUGACGAACGUAAAUUAAGCCCAAAAGAAAGUAAAUUGGCGGUAACUAAUUCAGCCCUACAACUGGAGACAAGCUAUUUCUCUAUGUUGGCACCUGCGACACAGUUACCAGCAGCAGCUUCAGACUCUCGAAAGAUUUUUGAAUCUAUCACGACUCUCCAUUACCAAUGGUGUUUUUAUAGGGAGCUAUUAAAGUUACUUGGUGAGUCGGGGUUGAAAGAUGCAGGUAGUUGUGGUAUUAGUCCUAAAUACCCAACUAAACAGGAAGGGCAGUUGUCCCCCCAGCCAUCAUGGCAUUCUAUCUUAUGUUGUUUGGGACUUAGCCGUCAAUUGGAGGGUUUCAUAAGAGAUGUUGCUUUUUACCCUACUAUGUGGAGUACACCAGGUCUGGUUCCUUUACAACUUUACCCUCUUACGGAUAAGAGAACAAAGCAUGUUGUUUCCAUAGGAGAAAACCAUAGAAUUGUAGAUAUUCCUGUUAGCAACUGCCUCAACAACAUAUCCAAGUUUUAUGUCGUUACGAAGAUUAAUUCAGCAACACAUAAUCGCCAUUUGUCAUGUGUGUAUGCAAGCAACAGGGGCAUUGGUAAGGAUGAAGGGUUAGUUGAAGUCGUUGCUGCUCAACAAAUCCUUAAAAACCCAAAUGAGUUCCUGGAUACCAUUAAUGAAGUAGGGUGGAAUUUAGAGCUACAUGAAGAGAAGAAUGUUCUGGAGUACCAACUCCUUGCUGGAAAUCAUGUAUACCUUAUGAAUUAUAGGAGAUUUAUUCAAACUCGAAGGGAAACUAAUGCUGACACAUCUGUUCUGAUCCUACCAACGCAUGAAAAACAUGCAAUUGGAUUUGGGUUAACGGUGAUUGAUGAAGAAAGAGAUAAAGAAAUACUUGAUAAUGUUAGCAAGGGAAAAUAUGUUGUUAUCAAAGAUUUGAUGUUAAGGUGGCUGCAAGAUAAGUUUCCUCGGACAAAUGGAAGUGGAAGUGAAGCAAAUCUUGGACUUGAAGCUGAACUAGCAAGUCUAGGUAGCAAGGGCUUUAAUGCAUUAGUUACUUUUGGUGGGGUUAGCUUGUACAUCACCUUGAAUCCUUAUGAGAAUGGUUUGGAGGUUAUGAAAAAAGGUGAGUAUGCACAGGUCAUUAGUGAAGUCCCACAUAAAUUCAAGAAUGUUUUUGAGGUGAUGAAGACACCAAGGGAGGGUCUCAGUUUUCAAUACCAUUACUUCCCCUCAGGUGUGAUGAGUAAUACAAAUGGGAAGGCUGAUGAAGUUGUCAAAAUGAUCCUAGAAGAAUUGGAGCCAAUGGGUGUAGUAGAGCUAGUGGAGGAAGUGAUUGUAGGGCAUGCCACCAAACAAGGAUUCGAACUUGGAGAGACGGAAGGAGAACAACAGCAACAGGAGUCUCUUAAGAAGAAGUUUGCGGAAAUUUCAAUAUAUUCUUUUAAGUUAUUGAUGUUACAUGUGCAGUUUGAGUUGCUUCGGGUUUACCUUUCAUUUUGGCAGCCACAUUUGAAUAGGAAUACAAGGGCGGCCCAUUUUUUCCUUCACCUUGAGGACAAGGUGAAAGUUUGGGCGGCCGGUAUUGAUAAGCCCCCACAUUUCGAUUAUCUUUUUGGCCAGGGGUAGAAUGGUCUUUUAUGGUAUUAUGGUUGCUAUUGGCUGUUUUGUUAGUGGGAAGAGCACCUGAGUAUGUUGGCUGUGAUUCCCUUUUGUCUUGUCUCUAGUAAUAGUAUAUAUAGUCCUUUGUUUUAGAGAGUCAGUAUCUAAGAAUUAAUUUGUAAAGAACUUUGUUCUUUUGGAGAGCCCCUUUCCUCUCGAAUGACUGGGAAUUAUCUUAAUAUUAUCAAGUAAUUUUGUUAGUA